UAGCAUGAUGCUAACUAGCGUUGUGUCAUGGAUGACAGCGACUGAACCUGCGGCUUCAAACCAGCGGUCAGUUCCCAUCACGGUUUGGAUGUAACGCAAAGAAAAGGACGCGGUGACAGCGCGGAGAUGGAGACGAUCACGUGCCGCAAAAACCCACAGUUUACGUUAAUGCGCAAAGGUCCCGCCCUAGAGGAGAAACACACCUAUCCGUGAUGGUUAUGGACGAUGAUGGAUGCCCUCUCAGCCAAUCAGAGCCGGACACCCAGUCACCAGUGGGCGGGGCCGAACGGCUGGUCCCCAGCUUCACCUCCAGGACCCCUCUGCAACCCUCUGCCAAGCUUUCAGCAUCUCAGCCUGGGCUCGCCCUCUGACCAGCGGCCCGGCCUCAGAAACCACAGUCAGGUCUUCACUGAGGAUGCUGAGCUGAGUUCGCAGCCUUUCAUCCCCAAUGCUCACGUCUCUCACGUGGAUCCAGCUGUGAGCCACGAGAGACACGUACCUCCGUGUUCUCUGCCUCUUGUGAUCAACGGGACGCCAGCGUACCCCCCCCACAGCCCGUACCAACCUAUAACCGCCCCCUUCCAUCCUCCAUACUCCCACCACGUCUCUCUCAAUGGACAUCAGGCACUUCAAUCCCCCAUCAGCCCUCCAUUAUUCGGACAAUGUGCGUUUGAGAAGAACGUGGAGUCUCCUGUCGGUGCUGGAUACCUCCAAACCUCCGCCUCGCCCGGCUCCCCCUUCCAACAGCAGCCUCACUGGGCUCCUCCAUCACAAUCUAGAGGAAACACGAAGGAGUUUGUCCCCAGUGCGGCCGUGCAGGACGGGAACGUCACUCCACAGUCUCCUAACUCCGAGUCCCGCUAUGGCCUCGACCCAGAGCUCCUGCCCAACGCUGUGAAGGUGAUUGCAGAGGACCGGGCAGAGUGGGGGGGAAAGGUCUUUGUCUCAGAGCCUUUCUCCCAACUUCCUCCUCUGGCAACUACUUCCUGUAUCGUAGAAGACCGAGGUAACACAAGUCCUUUUGCCAUCCGCUCCCUCUCAUACUGUGUGCCCUGCGAGGGUCAGACCGCCCUGCUCAGUCGCCUGCCACUGGGAGCUCUGGUCACUCCUCUCUCAAAACAAAAUGCUGGGGAGGAGCCCGUCCCGCUUUGUAAAGAGUCAGAGUGUGUUUCGGGCUGUAGCUGCUGCGGAGCCUCCAUGUGCCCGGCAAUGGGUUGGCAGGACUGUGGUCAGAGAUUUUAUUGCCCCUUCUGUGGUAAACUCAGUGAAGUGCCGUGGCAACACUACCAGCCCACCAAGGGAGUGGAGGGGGCUCGGGUGGACAAAGACAAGAGGCCUGAACUCAGCCUGGGCUCAUACGAGAUCCUACACUCUCAGAAGGGUGAACCUGCUGCACUGCUGCUCGCCAUAGACGUGUCUGCCUCAGCGCUGAGAGGAGGACAUUUGGAGUUUGUAACACAACAAAUCCACUCACUGCUUACCUCACUGAACAGUGAGGACAGUGACGCCUUGUCGGACGUCCGCGUCGGCCUCAUGACGUACGACAGCAGGAUCCACCUCUACAACCUCAGCCCCGCCCUGUCCUGCCCACACAUGCUGGUCAUCAUGGAGACAGAGGACCUGCAGCUUCCCGUGACCGACGGGCUUCUGGUGUCCCUCAAAGACUGUAUACACAGCAUCGACAGUGUGUUGCAGCUUAUUCCUCAGUUCAGUGCAGAGUGCGAUGACUCCAGUGGAGUUCCCAUGGAGCUGCCCGUCAAGGCGGGACUUGCCAUACUGCAGGCUCUGAGUUCUCCUGGCAAGCUGCUGAUCUUCCACACGGCCUCUCUGAUAGAGAUGGGACACAGCUCGUCCUCAGGGUUCUUUGGCUCCAACAAACCAAAGUCCAUCUUUCAGCCGUCAGAGCCGGCCGUCUCAUUGGCCAAGGAGUGUGUCCGUCAGGGCUGCGGCGUUCACCUGUUCGUCCUCUCCCAGCAAGACGUGGGCGGGGCCUGGCCAGGGCACAUUCCAUAUCUCAGCGGGGGAGCUCUGCACACGUACAGCCACCUCCAGGGAGAAUUGGACAGAGAGCGUUUCACCUCGGAUCUGAAGAGGACUGCAGAGACGCACACCGGCUACAAGGCGGAGCUCAGGAUUUUCGUCAGCAAAGAUUUACGUGUGUCCGGCUGUUAUGGGCUGUUUCUCCCUGGACCUGCCCCGAGCCAGGUGGUCAUGGCAAGUCUCGACCAGUGGACCACGCUGGCUGUGGAGCUCUCCCACACCAGAGGUCUGGAUGAGAAGAGAGGUGUAGCCAUACAGACUGUUUUGUCCUACAGCACCAGGACAGGAGACAGAAGGACCAGGGUCCACACUCUGACCCUGCGAUGCUCACCUCACCUUCAGGACGCUUUCCGCAACUUCCAGGCCCAAACACUCCUCACCUUCUACUGCAAGAAGAUGUACUGUGCAGUGUUAGAGCGCCCUCUACAGGAGCUGAGGGAGGAGCUUCAGACCGAGGUGACGGAAGCUCUGGCAUCGUAUCGCAAACACUGCUCCUCUGCCUCGGUGUCGACUGGACAGCUGGUCCUACCUCAGUAUCUGCGAGCUCUUCCCGUUUACAUCAAUAGUCUGAGGAAGAGUGAGGUGCUGCUGCCGGGCCUGAGAAACUCCAUCCACCAGCGGCUGCAGCAGCGCUGCCAGGUGCUCGCCAUGGACACAAGCGGCACUGUCACUCACUUCUAUCCUCUGCUGCUGCCUCUGCCGCUGUCAGCUGAGGACUCCAUCCCUCCGAACCAGGAUCAGGCGCUGCGCUGCCGGGCCCUCAGCCUGGAGCCCCGGGGGCUGUACUUGGUCCACGCACCCCUCACUCUGCUGCUCUGGGUGGGCACCCAGGUCCCAGCAAGCACCCUGGUCGAGCUCUUCAACACCAGCUGCUUCUCCGCCCUGUCCUCAGGAGAAACCAAGCUGCCUGUCCUGGAAAACCCUCUGUCCGUUAGUGUCAGGUCCCUCGUGGACACUCUGAACUCUCUGGUGCCCUGCGCCCGCAAGCUGAGGGUGGUGAAGCAAGGGGACACCUGCGAGGAGGCUCUGCAGCGCCACCUGGUGGAGGACAAGAGUCCCAACGGAGGAGCGUCCUACGCAGACUUCCUGUACCAUCUGCACAUCAACUCUGUGCGGAUGCUGCAGUGACACACUCAAUCACAGGAGGACACAUAGACUUAUAUAUUAUUUAUAUAUAUAUUUAUUAUCACUGCUGUGAAGAGCUGGACAGGAAGCGGUGUCACAGACAUAUCAGCGUUUAUGUUUGAAACAUUUUUAUUCGACAUAUUUUUGUUUGUAUUUAUAAUUAUGUAUAAUAAAGUUUAACUGCAAAAUAUCAAACCUCGGUUACAUUUCUUUGUCACGAGGGUUUGAUGACAACAUUCAUAAAUAUAAAUAUUUUAAAAUAUUUUACAGACAUGACGUGUGUGACGGUUUCUGUGAUGAACACGACCUUCUGAAAAUGUCAUGAUGUUCAUUUAUUCCAGCGUCUCUACACAUCUUGUGUGUGUGUAUGUGUGUGUGUGUGUGUGAUGCCUACAGUUGCAUAAAUAAAGGUUAAUUGAAACUAGAAAUAAGUUUUGAAUGUUUUUUUAAAUCCAGUGCACUUCAGAAGGGAAUUUCUUCCGACAGCAGUUUCCUCAACUUGAUGACCACUCAGC